AUGGGCAACUCAAGUUCGAAGAAAAUGGAAAGGGAGCCUGAUAAAUUUUUUGAGAGGGAACGAUGGAAGCAGCAAAAAAUAGAAGAGAAGAAGAAGAAGAAUGCUAAUCAAUUGAACAAAAGAACCGCAGCCAAGGAACCACCUCUAGCGCUCUCUGCUUCUCUAUCUCCACCCCUGCCUGGUCCCGGGCCUACACCGACACCAGCACAAGUGCGUUCUUAUGACGACGAGGCCUUGGAUCGCAUGCGCUAUCAACUUAAUAAUGAUAGCGAUGCUUUUUUACUAAAUAAUAUUUUAUUGUCUGUACAGUUCUUCGAAAAUUAUGAAAGGGAAGUACAUCACAUUAAGAAUAAUCCCAUUACCAAACGACAGCACUUGAUGGACCAGGCGAUGGUACAGCGUCACAAACAUGUGUUUUUUGCUGAUAGAAUACAAGAAUGUGUGCAAGAGCAUAUAGUUUACCAGAGACAACGAGAUAAAUUAGAACCUCUUGUUGCUCCUAGGUUGUUCAUUAUUUAUGAUAACGUAGAGGCAAGUGAACCAGGUGAUACGUCUGAUUAUUCUGCAGUCCUUGAUGCACCGUUUUACAAACUUCGAAUAGAAGAUAGCAAAGAGCCAGGAUACGUUAAGCUCAAAAAAUUAGAAAUAUUAGAAAGUACACUCUGCAAAGAAACAGAAUCUAACAUGAUGCCACAAAUAAAUUCCGAUGAUAGUAUUUACACUGAUUCUGAAAAGGAAUCCAAUGAUUCAGAUGAUUUUUCAAAUUCAACUAAAGAUGAAAACAUGUUGAAAAAAUUGAAAACAAAAUUGGAUAAUUUAAAAAACUAUGAAAAUAAUGCAGAUAAUAAAAAAGUCGCCCUUGCAGAUAUGAACAUGAAAUUAUCAGACGAUAACUUAUAUGCAGCGGGAACAUCUUCAACUGUUGUCAAUCAAGAAAUAGUUUUUAAUAAUGAGGAAAAUAGAGAGACAUAUGAACAAAGUGCUAAACCUAGAAAGUCUAUUUUGAAAAAUGUGAAAAGACGGUUAAGUGGACCAACGAAAGAUAUACUGAGUAAAAGUCAAAUCAGCGAUAUUCGUUAUAUGUCAUCAGAUAAUAUUACAGCUGAAGAUACGGAAACUUCUGGAUAUCGGUCAAAUGCUAGUAGCCGUCAGACAGAGUCAAGUGAGACUGAAUCAGAUUAUGGAUAUGCGACUAUUACUAAUUCGACGACACCAAAAAAAAUAGAACUUAGUAUACAAUCCAAUUAUGUAUCAACUUCGGGAGUACUACCUGAUGAAAGUUGGGUAUCUGUAAACGUAAAAGCUGUUGACUGGAGCGAUGAUGAAGAAGAUGAUACUUCUUCAAAAGUAUCUUUGACUCGUAAUUUAUAUGAAACCCAUCAGUAUCUUAGUUCAAUUACUUUUAUGAAUGACUUCGUGGAUAAUUUUAUACUAAAUUUAGGGUCUGGCCUAGGAUUUUCGCAAGAGGCAGUUAAAAAUGCUUUAACCCAAGGUGCUAGCGUAUAUUGUAACUCAAGUAAGAACAGCAUUAGUAGGAGCUAUGAAAUUUUUCCUGCUUUAAUAGCAGCUUGGCCUAAUGCUGCUAAUCAAUGGAUUAUUCGAGAAAGAAAAAUAAUUCAAAAUCCUAGAACUAAUUUUACUUAUCAAUGGCCUACUAAGUAUAUGGUAAGAAAAGCUAUUGGAUUUGGAUGUCUUUUAGUCCCCAUCGGUUUUAGACCUAAACGCGGAGUCAACACCGAUCAAAACAUACAAUGGCGCGUUAUUUUUCCCGCAGCAGAACGUUAUUUAGAGAGUUGUUUAGCUCACUCACACAUGCGAUGUUAUUUAUUUGCCUUGACUCUACAAAAAACAUUUAUGGAAAAUGAAACAUCGAAAAUUGGCAUAGACGCUAGUCACAUUAAGAAUCAUUUGUUCUGGCAGUGUGAAGACAAUUAUGCGAGAUGGCCAGAAGAUCGACUAGGUGAAUCAUUACGUUUAUUUAUACGAAGUUUUUAUGUACAUUUCGGCAAAUCACGUUUCCCAAACUAUUUCAUGGAAAAUUGUAACGAAUUUAAAUCUAUUCCAAAGCCCUUACUGCUAAAAUUACAAAGAAAAUUGGCAGAUAUUCUUGAAACCCCAGUAACUCAUUUACUACAUGCGAUUGAUAAAAUUAAGUAUACUAAAAAAGACUUCUAUCCCGCAUUUAAUGCUUACAGACUUUAUGAAAUAUUAACUUGUAAAACUCCACUUCGUCUGCUAAACCCACAUUUACCUAUUGUUAUCCCUAAUUAUACUCAAAGUUCUGAUAGCGAUGAUGAGCACACUAAUAACAUUUGGGAUAAAACUAAAGCUCACGAUAAACAUUACCAAUGGAAAAAAGAAAGACAGCGACAAAUGAAAGAAAGAAGGCGAGUUAAUAUAACAACUAAAAAACUGAAAACAAAUCCUAAGGAAGAAAAGGAAAUAUGUAAAAAUGUAGUAUUGCCGACAAAAAUGGAAAUGGAGCGUCGUCGACUUGUAUUAGAGUUUUUUAUUCCUCAUUUUAUUGCAAUGGCUCGUUCAAGUGAGAAAUUCGACGCUCUAAGGCAAGCAAUCAUUUAUUUAGAGCAAGCUCAAAGGUUAAGUUACCUUCUUCGGGAAGAACCAGGUGGCGAUAUUGCGGCACGUGAAUAUUUAGACGUCAUUCGUGAUAAAUUGGCUGAUUGCCAACGUAAGAUAGUAAAUCAAGGCGGGUAUAAAUUACCAUUAAGAGAAAAAAGCUUUUUAGACAAAAAUUCACCUCAUGCUAAUUUUAUACGCAAGCAACGUCCAAGAUAUGAACAUAUUAUGAAUCAAGACUCUCCUACUGAUACUAGUAACAUAGCACCGCUAAUUUUUGCAGAUGUUCAUGUUGAACACAUAUCUAAUCAAGAAACCAAAAAGUUUUUGGACAUUCAUGAUAAUAAUAUAGAGGAGUCAAAAUUG